UCCGUAUUUUUCAGUUAAUGAAAUCAUUCUAACCGUAACUAGUAACCAUAACAACCAUAAGAUCAAUCCGAAUAAAUGAACAACAAAAGAAAAGAAAUCAGACAAAAUCACUAUGAUAUUUUUUCAUGCAAUCGUGUGAACUGAAGUUUUUAAUUAUUUUUGAUAGAAAUCAUCUGUUGUUAUCCAUGAAAACAAGAAACUCUCCGCUCUAGUCAUACAACAUAAUUUACGUUUUUGUUUCAUGUUAUUGUGUUAUGUUAUUGCAACCAUCCAUAAAAAUAGAUUUGAAUAAAAAAUAUUUUUUUAGUAUAGAAAUAUAUGUGGAACAUUAAUCUUCUUUUAACAUAAAAAUUGACAACAACCCUCAUUAGAAAAUGAAUAGUAUUCGAACUGCUGCUCGCAAAAUGACAGCAGUUAUGUUUCCUGAUAUUAAAAUCUCUUAUACUAAAAACAUUUUUUUACAAUCAGAGGAAAUAUUGUCAAGUUUGCCUCUACAGAUGUGCCUGCAUUAUAACUGUACCUAUUCCACAUUUUGGAUGUUAACUCGUGUAGGAUGUCUUUUUUACAAGUUUGCUUAUCAUACCCAACUUUAUAAGGUUUUGAUUUCAAUUGUAAUAACUCUCAUGACAGUUGUAGAAAUUUUGAGGCUAUAUCUCGGAAUUGUUGGAAAUCUAAAAGAAAAGGUUCCAGAAUUGGCAGGUUUUUGGAUGCUCACUUUGUUUUUGCAGCUUCCUCUACAGCUAUUAUACACAUUCAGCACAUAUUUUCAAACAUUAACCAUUGAAAGAGCUACAGAUUCCAUUUUGAUUUUAUUUCUUAUUUUAGAAGUAGCUAUUGGCUAUUUUACUGUCAAAGCAAUAACUAGUCAGCAGGCACUAAAAUUUAAAUUUAUUCUUAUGAAAGAUCAAACAGCAAGUCAAGAAACAUUUUUAAGUUUGUGAUCUCUCCUUAAUAUAUCGCUUAUAAGUAAAAAGCUUCAAAAUUUUUAAAUUUAAAAAUUUAGUAUAUUUUAAUUUUAGUUCAUUAAUUAGAAUAUAAUGGCACUGUUUCUUGUAAAAAGUCAAAUAUUUUUCUUUUGACUUAUAAUUGGUCAAAUGAAUCAAAAUAAGUCAUCAGUAAAAUUAAAAUUGCUGAAUAUUUUAAAUUUUAAGAAAAACAUUAAUUUAUCAAAGAUUAAGUACAAAAUGGUAGAAAAGCUGUCAAAACAUGGUCUUUCAGACAGAAGUUUCUUCAUUAUAUUGAUUGUGCAAGCAAAAAAUUUUGUUUUUAACAAUGAGGAACAAGUUGUUAUACUAUUACCAUAACUCACUAGGAUUGAAAUGUUCUCCAAUUUAGUAAUUAGAUAAAAAGUACUUUGAAAGUUAUUUUUUAAAGCUCAGUACAAAAUUCUUAUGAAUGUGAUAUGAACUAAUAGUGGCUUUAUAUGAACUAAAUGAAAAUUUAAGAAAUUAUUUUUGUUGCUUUAAAAAGGAUUUUUUUUUUGUGUAUAUUUUUUUGACUAA